AUGUCUACUUCAAUCAUCUUCAGAUUCAACGUCAACAAUGUCGUAGGAUUAGGGAAGAGGCAAUUCCCCAAACUCCAGAAUCAAGCUGUCUCAGGCCAGGCUAAAGCACCUUUUAGGCUGAACGGUCAGAGCGUGGGCUCCAACAAAACUGUCAGACAGAGACACACCAGUCAGAACCUCGUCAGUGUUCCACCAUGUCCAACUAUCCCCAGUGUGCUUAAACGUGUUAAAGGCAAGUCAGUGAAAGCCAAUGACAAGAUAACAACGACACAAGAUUCCACUGGGAAAGCUCAAAAGGCCAUCUGUACCAAGACGGCCACAAGAUUACCCCAGUAUCACCUGUGGUUCAAGUCAAACUUCCACAGGGCAAGAAGCGAAUUGCCAGGAGCAAGUGCUCAAGAUGUGACACGGUGCUUGGCCUCAAGGUGGAGAAGCAUGACGCAACCGCAACGAGAUGGUUGGAAGUCCCGUGCUGGUGCUUCGAUCCUGGAAGACUGA